UUCGCGUCUCUCCUGAACAGAACAGGAAAUUUUAUCGGCAGCAAAAUAAAAGAGAGGACGGACUGUCACAGAGUCUCUCUCUCUCUCGUUUUUUCAUCACAACGAUCUCUCUCUCUCUAUCUAGGUUUUCCAAUUCUUCCUUUCAAUUCGAUUUAAUUGCUGUUGGGUUUUUGUUUUUGGUUGAAUAAGUGAUCAAAGUAUUGAUCUUUGAGCUCAAUUUUUACGGGAUUGAAGAGAGAAAAAAUAAGGGGGAAUUGGGGAAGAUGGAGAAGGAGCUGUUGGAGUUGUUCGAAGCGGUGAAGAAAUCGGCGGACGCCGCCACGUCUUGUGACGGAGGAGCCGAGGAAAGCCAAUGCCUUGAUGCCUUGGAGCAGCUCAAGAAUUUUCCCGUCACUUAUCAACUCCUCAUCUCAACCCAAGUUGGAAAGCGUCUUCGACAUCUCACAAAACAUCCCAGAAAGAAAAUCCAGACAUUUUCUUCUGCCCUGAUUGAUACAUGGAAAGGGAUUGUUAUCAAGGAAGCAAACAAAGAUGCGAAAAACGGCAACUUGGAAAGAAUAGACUCUCUAAAACGUGCGUCUCCAAGUGCGGAGAGUCCCAGGGCUGAGAAGGUUCAGAAGACAUCUGCUGUGAAGGUAGAGAAGGUUUCAAAGGCGGAACCUGUUGAGAUUAAGAAGGUUGAUCGAGGUGUUAAACCAAGCUCUGACAAAGCUUAUAGUUCUGAAACUGUCAAGACAGAGAGAAAGGUUCAAAAUGCUAAUGCUGACAAGACAGAGAAAGCCGCUUCAGCAGAGAGUGUUAAGGUUGAAAAGAUAGCCAAAGAAGUGAAGAAACCGGCACUGAACUCCUCUGCUCCCCCAAAGUUAACAUCUAUGAUCAAGUCUAAUGAUACAGCACGGGACAGAGUAAGGGGAAUGCUGCACGAGGCUUUGUCCAAGGUUUCUCAGGAGGCUGACGAAAGAUUUGCAGAUUAUGUGAAUGCAUCUGAUCCUAUUAGAGUUGCUGUGACUGUGGAAUCUGUGCUCUUUGAGCACUGGGGUGGUUCCACUGGUGCCCAGAAGGCAAAGUAUCGAUCUUUAAUCUUCAACCUCAAGGACCAAAAGAACCCAGAUUUCCGUAGAAAGGUUCUGCUCGGAGACAUCGAGGCAGAGAGGCUGGUGGACAUGUCAACGGCGGAAAUGGCAAGCGAUCAGAGGCAGGAGGAGAACAAAAAGCUUGAACAAAAAGCCUUGUUUGAGUGUGAGCGUGGAGGUGCGCCAAAAGCUACAACCGAUCAAUUCAAAUGCGGUCGAUGCGGGCACAGGAAGACCACCUAUUACCAAAUGCAGACCAGGAGUGCCGAUGAACCUAUGACAACAUAUGUAACAUGUGUAAACUGCAACAACCGUUGGAAGUUCUGUUAGUGAGUCUUGUAGGAAUUGUGGCCACAUUUUAGUGAAGCAGUUUUACGGUGGUUGUGCUCGCUCUAGGCCAGUCAGACCAUAUGGGAUCAUUCCCAUUUGAGUAUUGUAGUACGUAGAAUUUUUUUAAUAUUGUUUUCUUCUUUUAGAGUUGUUAGGCCUAAUUUGUUUGGAGCACUGCUUUUUAUUAAUUGAAUUGACGCGUUUAUUUCAGUC